CAUGUUUUAUAUAGGCAAUUUACAUGUUCUGGUAAGAAAUUAUUAACCUUCUCUUUAAGUCUGCAGGGUCACCCAUUGCUGCAUAAGUCCACUUGAAAUGCCAUUGCAGAAGAAACAUUCAGAUUCUGAGUGUAUCAGAAACUUCACAAAUCAGGCAUGUACUACAAGAUGUGAUUUAAUUCAGAACAUAGAUAGAUUCCAUAAACAUAUAGAAUAUGACAGAACGUUUAGCCAGGAGAAUGAACUCCAAAUGAAUCUACAGACUGAUGAAGUGAAUAAAUUACACAGCUCUAAUUAUGUGAAGAGCUUCACAUUUCCUGGUGGCUUUGUAACACCCUAUCAGACCCAUGCCUGGGAGACAUCUACUACAAAGAUGUACCAUAACCACAAGACAUAUGAAGGAAUUAAAGAAGUCUGUGAAAAGGAAAAUAGUUUGCCAGGAGUGAAACACUGCAGCUUUGCAGAAGGUAGUAAGGGCUUUUCUCAGAAGCCCUACCUUGCAGUACAUAAGAAAAUCCACACAGAACAGGAAAACCCUAAAGGUUUGGAGACAUUAAAACCAGAAAAGCCUUAUAAAUGUGCCACAUGUGACAAGAGUUUUAUAUGGAAGUGCCUACUCACUUAUCACGAGAAAACUCACAAUGAGAGUGAGCCAUAUAAAUGUGUUAAAUGUGGCAAGAGGUUUUUAUGGAAGUAUAAGCUUGCAUAUCAUGAGAAAAUGCACACCGGGGAGAAGAAAUACAAAUGUGUAACAUGUAAUCAGAAUUUUUAUUGCAAGAGCCAACUCACUUACCAUGAAAAAAUCCACACAGGUGAUGGGCUACAUAAGUGUAACAUGUGUGCUAAGAGUUUUAAAAGCAAGAGUCAUCUCAUAGGGCAUGAGAGAACCCACACUGGUGACAGGCCAUAUAGGUGUGCCACGUGUAACAAGAGUUUUAAAGUCAAGAGCCAUCUGUCAUGCCACGAACAAACCCACAGUGGGAAGAAACCAUUCAAGUGUACCACAUGCGACAAAAGCUUUAUGUGGAAGAGUGAACUCAUUAACCAUGAGAGAACCCACAGUGGUGAAAAACCAUACAAAUGUGCCACAUGUGACAAAAGUUUUAGGAUAAAGAGGACAUUGUUAUGCCAUGAGAGAAAACACAGUGGUGAUAGACCAUACAAAUGUACCAUAUGCGAUAAGACUUUUAUAAGGAGCUCUGGUCUUGUAUCUCAUACUAAAAUUCAUACUGAGGACAAGCCAUAUAUGUGUGCAAUGUGUGACAAGACAUUUAAGUAUAAGCUGACUCUCUUACAUCAUCAGAAAUCUCACACUGAUGACAGGCCAUAUAAGUGUGUCACUUGUAACAAGAGUUUUAAGUUGAAGAUGGACGCCAUAGACCAUGAGAAACAACACGCUGGUGACAGACCGUAUAAAUGUGCCACAUGUGGCAAAAGGUUCAUAAAGAACUGGCACCUCACAUCCCACAAUAAAACCCACAUAGAGGAGAUGCCAUAUAAAUGUGCAAUAUGUGACAGAAAAUUUAGGUGGAAAACAUCCCUCACUCGACAUGGAAAAAUCCACACUAUAGUGCCAGAAAACUUUGGUGAUGUUGCUGUUGAUUUUUCACUGGAAGAGUGGAAGAUGCUGAGUGAUCAGGAGAAACAGCUGCACAGGGAAGUGAUGGUGCAGAACUAUGAGCACAUGGUGUCAGUAGGGUACAGUGUCCCAAAAGAACAACUGUUGUUACUGCUUGAAAAACACGAUAAAGUUGCACAUGAUCCUAUGGAAGAAGAAGAGAUAACUUUUCAAAAAUAUGUUUUUGGUGAUCCCCCUCGCAUUUGCAGGAGCACCUAUUGCUGUGGGAGUCCCCCUCAGACGAUUUUGCAGAAGAACCAUUUGAAUUAUGAAUGCAUCAACAACUUUACAGGUCUGAUGUCUUCUUCAAGACCUGAGUUAAUUCAUACUGGAAAUGAACUUCAUAAACACUUGGAUUAUGACAGUUUUGGGCAGCAGAAUGAACUAAAUAUGCAUCUUCCAAUUCAUGAGAUGGAGAAAUACAGAAGUAGUGAUGGUAAAAGUUUCAUAAUUCCCUUUAGUUUUGUAGCAUCCUGUCAGACCAGUACCACAGGCAGAAACACAAAUGAAGUCCAAACCCAGAGCAUCAUAAAAGUACCCCAAACAUUUGAAAUAAUUGGAGAGGAAAAUGAAAAGAAAGAUGGUGAGGCAGUACAAGAAGUCUCUAUGGGAGCACAAAACUGUAAGAGUGCAACAUGUCAUCAGAGUUGCACACCAAGCGAUCACCUUGCUGACCAAGAGAAAAUUGAUACUCGGGACAAGUCAGAUCCAUGUGAUGGUACUUCUGAAUGCAAGUCAUAUAAUGAAGCCCAGAGUGGGAAGAAGCAGUAUAAAUGUUUAACAUGUGAGAAGAGUUUUAAUAAGAAGAACCAACUCACAUGUCAUGAGAAAGUCCACAUUGGGGAGAGGCCGUAUAUGUGUACAAUAUGUGGCAAGAUUUUUCAGUGGAAGUGCUACCUCACAUACCAUGAGAGAACCCACACUAAACAGAAACCAUACACGUGUCUGACCUGUGGAAAGAGUUUCAGAAGCAAGUAUUAUCUCCCAUACCAUGAGAAAACCCACAGUGGGGUGAAACCAUAUAAAUGUGCUGUAUGUGGCCAGAGAUUUAACCAUAAAAAUGGUCUUGCAUACCAUAAAGUAACUCACACAGGUGAAAAGCCAUAUAAAUGUGAAAUCUGUGAUAAGAGUUUUAUGACAAAGCAUUGCCUUGCAUACCAUGAGAAAACGCAUACUGGGGAAGUGUCUUAUAAAUUUGCAGAAUGUGCUGAGAGUUUGCCUUGGAACAGUGAUGUCAUAUUUGAUGAAAGUGCCCAUGCUGGGGAGAAGAUGUAUAACUAUGCAGCACAAGACAAGAGUCGUAUUAAAAAGAGACGACUCGUGUACUGUGAGAGAAUCCACACUGGAAAGAAGCCGUAUAAAUGUGCAGCUUGUGGUAAGAGUUUUCAGUGGAAGAGGCAACAAAUAUACCAUGAGAAAACACACACUGAGCACAAGCCAUUUAAAUGUACAAUAUGUGGAAAGGGUUUUAGCAACAAGUACUAUCUUCCAUACCAUGCAAAAAUCCACACAAGGACGAAGUCAUAUAAACGUGCCACACCAGACCAGAGUUUUAGGAAGAGGAGGAGGUAUUUCCUAUACUGUUAUAAAAACCAUAAUGUGGUAAAGCCAUAUACAUGUCCCACGUGUGGCAAGAGUUUUAUAAGCAAGAGUUACUUUAGAUACCAUUGCAAAAGUCAUAUUAGGGAGCUGUAUAAAUGCCCCACAUGUGGCAAGAGUUUUAAGAACAAGAGGUACUUUAGAUUCCAUUGUAAAAACCACAGAGAGAAGCUGUAUAAAUGUGCCAUAUGUGAAAAGAGUUUUAUGAACAAGAGUUAUCUCUCAUCCCAUUAUAAAUCUCAUACUGGGGUGGAGGCAUAUAAAUGUAGUGUGUGUGAUAAGAGUUUUAUUUGGAAAUCUCUCCUUAUAUCCCAUAGUAAAAUGCACAUUAGAGAAAAGCCAUAUAAAUGCGCCACUUGUGGCGAGAGUUUUAUUUGGAGAAGUCAGCUCAAGUACCAUAAAAAGAAGCAUACAAGGGAGAGGCCGUACAAAUGUGAAAUGUGUGGCAGGAGUUUUAGGACACAAAAUCAGCUCAUCUUCCAUGGCAAGUCUCAUAUUGAAAAGAAGACAUAUGAAUGUGGCUCUUGCGACAAGACUUUUCGAAACAAGUACGACCUCAGAAAGCAUGAGGAAAAGCAUGCAAACGCACUCGUGGCAAAGAUCCGAGAAGAACAAAACUGAUCUUCACGAACUUUUAAAUACACCAUGACUGUGGAACGGGGGCCUUUGCUAUCAAUGUAUUAAAAUUGUAAACAUUUGGUAAAAUUGGAAAAAAGAAACCUUAGCAAUCAGGUCUUUUCUUGUCAUGGUAUUAAAAUCUUAUUCCUGCCGCAGCAUUAAAACCCUAAGUCUGGGGGAGUAUAAAGGACGAGAAGACAAAAUAAAAUAAGUAGUAUGAGCGUGACAGAAAAUGUACAUUGAAGCAAGAUGUUAUCCCAUGAGCAAAGCCCCAGUACUAAUGUGCAAGACUUUUAAAAAGAAGUGCUGCACUUCACAUGCUGAGGAACAGUGCCACUACCCUACUGUUGUUCUGACUUGCCCACAACCCAUUAAGCUGCUUGCUUAAUAGACAAAGCUUUGAAUACAGCCUGAAUUUAGGAAAUAAAAAUGCUCUCUUGAAUUAAUCUCCUCUCGUAUUUGUAGAUGAUCGAAAACUGUAGAACCUACCUGAAAAAAAAAUUAACUGCAUCUACAUGUUAUUAAAAGCUUCUCAGAUGGUGUAAAUAAGAUUUUGGCCUUAAUAAAUGUUUGAAAACAGCAUUUAGAGCAAGAAGUUUGUAAUAUGAAAAUGUCAGUAAUGGAGAAGAAUGUGUUAUAGCAGUGUUGGUGGCACAACAGGUUAUGCACUUGCUUUUCGUGCUGAAAGACCAGAAGGUUAUGGGUUCUAUUCCCACUCAGGUGAUAUGGCACUAAUGCAAUCAACUAAGGAUAAAUAAACUGCCUCCUUUGUAUUGUGUGAUACAGAACAGUCAUUGUAUCUAUCAGGCUGUAAGAUGCACAGAUCUUUGUGAAACUGACUGUGUGCUUAGGUCAUUUGUUUUGAGACUACAUAAAAUACCAACUGGCAUCCUCUGAGUUAUACUAAAAGUUCAAAAACUGGGAAGAAAAUAAAUCUGAGAUAACCUCCAUUCUCAGAUAAAUAGCAAACUCUUUAGAAGGAGCAAAUGUGAAAGUCAGAAAUUUAUAAGGAACGUGUAAUAAGAAAGAAGUUCUUAAAAAAGCUAAGACAGAAUCUAGUACUUAUGCCUUGAGGAAAAAAAGAAAACUGGAAAGCCCGCUGUUAUAUCUCUCAAC